GAAGAAGUUUGGGGCGUUGAGUCACCGGCUCAGACCCCGCUCGGGACAGGAGCCGCCGGGACCCGGAGCCAGCGAUGGAGACUCGGGGGGGCCUCGCCGUGGUGCUGCUGGUGCUGCUGGGGGGCGCCUGGGGCGAGCCGGCCGCAGGUCCCUCCUGCCCGGGGGGCCAGUCCUGGAGCCCCGACCUGGAGAAGUGCAUGGACUGCACCAUCUGCCUCCACCGCACCAGAAACGACUUCUGCGCCACAUGUGGCGAGCCCCAGCCCCAGGACUCCCGGCUGUGGCUGGCCGUGGGGGGCGCCGUGGGGGGAGUCGCUGUGCUCGGCCUGGUGGGGGGGGCACUGCUAUGGGCCCGCUGCCGCAAGAGGGAGAAAUUCACCACCCCCAUAGAAGAGACUGGAGGCCACUCGGGCGAAGAGUCGCUGAUAGAUUGAUGGUGACUCUGGUCUGGGCAGCCGUGGGGCAGAAUUGGAGACAUUAACCCUUGGAGCGCCGCAGGAGGCCCCGCCGCAGCCUUUGACCAACGUCCCCCCGGACCCUGAUUUUCACCACUCCCCAGAAGGACUCUUGGAAGCGGGGGGGGGGAUGUUCUAUUUUGCACAGAUUCGGGGGCUGCUGGAGACCCCCAAACCUUCCCCUCACACAUCAUGUUUCUAGAAAAAAUUGGGGGGUGUCUGCUUGAAAUACUCCCCCCUGGCCCCUGAGAUGGGGGCUGGGGUUUUCCCCAAUGCCCCAUAUUGGGGCCUCUCCGGCAGCAUUGCAAAUUUGCACUUCCCCGGCUUAGGAAGGGGGGAUCUCACAUUACAGGGGAUCCUCCCUGUGACCCUAAACCUCAGAUCUUGGGCUGCUGUAGAGGAAUGUGGGGUCCCUUUGGGAGCACCCCAGGGGGAGACUUGGGGUCCACUAGAGGCCGUCUAGGGUCUCUUUAAAUCUUGUGUAGAACUGGCCCCCCCAAAUCGGUGCCCCCCAAAAUCAGACACUCUCUAGUCCAGGCCCAAUAACACUGAGGAACCUCAGGGUGGGGGGGGUCAACCAAU